AUGGGCUGCCCUCGGCCGCAGCUGCUCUGUGGCCCCGGCUCCGCGCGCGACGCCGACCCCGCUGCCCCGCGCCCCUCAGUGCGAGGCCCGGCCGGGACCCCGGGGGCCCUGGCCCGCCCGACCCCUGACCCUCCAAACCAGAGAGCCCUAGAGUUAUUCCGGGCCGCGGGGGUGGUGGAGCAUGGGGGCUCCAUUCACGUCUCGGUUUGCAACAGUAAGGACCUGUCCACCCCAGCGAAGGCCAGCCAGUGA